UAUGAAGUUAACAAUGACUGUAUAUAAUCGUACAAAAACAUGGUACUUUCUUAAAUCUCUAAUACAAUCCAAUUAUAAAUAGUACUCUAAGUAUACAUAGAUAUGUAUGUACUUGUACAUAGUCACAAUUGUGUAUGUUCAUAUGCUCAAAUAGUUGACUUUACAAAUAUGUUACUAAACAUAUAAACAAUGAGUGUACUUGAUUCGUUUUCUUUCUUAAAAUAUAUAUAUUUAAUAGUGCCUUAUUAGAUUACUCUUUCUUUUGUAUAUUGAUUAUACAGUUAACAUUCAGUUUGAUCCUUUUUUAUUAUUAAAAAAAAUAGUAUAUCUAAAAUUGAAACAUGUCGUUUGGUAAAGCUGUUGUAAAAAAUGCUGAUAUGGAACCAGUUAUGCAAGAAGAUGCUGUACAAAUAGCUGCUGUAGCACGAGAAAAAUAUGAAGUAGACAAAGAUAUUGCAACAUAUAUUAAACAACAUUUUGAUCGAAAAUAUGGACGUACAUGGCAUUGUAUAGUUGGUAAACAAUAUGGAAGUGAUGUUUCCCAUGAAGAACGAUCCUUCAUAUACUUUUUUCUUGGAGAUCGUGCAAUUUUAUUGUAUAAAUCAGGUUGAAAUCAGUAUCACAUCAAUAGUUUUGAUAUAAAUACCGAUGUUAGUAAAUGGCAAUGUUCAAAAAGAAUGAAAUCAUCCAUUUGAUACUCGUUUUUUUAUCUCAAUAAUGUAUCCAUAGUAUAUUUUGUUGUUGUUUAAUUUACUGUAGACUUUUCUUUUAACCUUUUAAAAACUCAUAAUAUUUUGUGUUGAUAGGGUAUCAUUUUAAAAUAUUAUUAUAGUAACCAUUGUAAGUUUAUUACUACAAUCAUGAUAUUGUUAUCUUUAUAUUCAAUAAACUGAUCAAUAAACUGUUCAA